CCGCCCCGCGUGAGGCAGUGAGGGCAGGUGCGCCUGCGCGCAGCCGCAACCGCCAGUCAACUCGCUUCCCCUCCCUUCCUCGCCCCUCCCCCUCUCCUCCUCUUCCAAAGGCGCCUGGAGCGCGAGGCCAACAUGGAGCCUGAGGACCUGCCGUGGCCUGACGAGCUGGAGGAGGAGGAGGAAGAAGAGGAGGAGGAGGGCGAGGAAGAGGAGGGGAAGAAAGAGGUGGAGAACGCCUCGGCGGCGGCGACCGAGGAGGCCCUGACCUCUGAGGAGAGUGGGAGACUGGAAGAGUUCGAAGAGGCGGGGCCCGACUUGGAUUUUAACUACGAGUCCCAGCGGCAGGAGAGCUCGGACGAAGAGGAGGACGAGCUGGCUAAAGCCUGGCUGCAGGCUCACCCCGACCGUCCUGGCAGUGCUUUCUCUCUGCCCCCUCCCACGCCUCCGCCUCCGCCUCCGCCUCUGUCCCCGCGGCUCCGGUACACCCCAGUGGAGCAUCUGGGCAAGACUGAGGUUGUCCCACUGACUUGCCGUGUAUGGCAGCAGUCAUCAUAUCAAGAUAAUUCUAGAGCCCAGUUUUCCAACUCCAGUACAAUGUUAUUGGAAACAGGGGUCCGGUGGGGCUCUGAGGAGGAUCAGAGAACAGAGUCUUGGCAUUGUCUUCCUCAAGAAAGGGAUUCUUCCCAAACCUUGGCUAUGUCCCAGACUGAGAUCGGCAGAGUAGAAGGAACAGAAGUACCAGACCUACCCUCUCAGGAGGGAGGUUUACCAGCUCAGUCACAGUGUCCAGGAAAGAAGCCAAAGCUGAAUGUCUUGUGUUCUCCAUUGCUAGUGAUACAGGAUAACUUUGCUGCUCCUGAUUUGCCUUUGCUGACAUGUUUGAUACAAGACCAAGAAGAGGUUGAGCCUGAUUCCUUGUUUCAACAAAGUGAACUAGAAUUUGCACCUUUGAGAGGAAUUCCUGAUAAGUCUGAAGAUUCUGAAUGGCUUGCUCGACCAUCAGAAGUUAGUGAAGCUUUAAUCCAAGCCACCUCAGAAACAUCUUCAGACUUAGCUAACAGUUGCUUUAGUAUAUCUCAGCAUCCACUUACAGGUAGCACAACUUUUGGGUCUCAGCACUCUCUUUUCAUGUUUGAACAAGAGAAUAAUGGAGAAACUGUACCAUCUAAUGCCCCUGAUGAACUGAAAAGCCCGAAGGACUCAGAUCAUGAUGUCCUGUGUUCAUAUAUGUCAUGGCCAUCAGAAAAGGACACUCAGCAGCCAGAAGGCAACUUGGCUGAUAAAGACCAAGUUUCCACCUCAACUUUAUCUGAUAUUAGUGAUGAAAGUAUAGCUGCUAAAAGAAACAACAGUUUUGGUGUUUCUUGUUCAUGUAAUCAGUAUUGGAACCAGAAAGCCUUACAACAAACUGAAGCAUGUCUAGCCAGUAAGGACCAUGCUUCUUUCCCAUGUAAAAUUACUCCUCUUCCUAAUAAAGUGCCAUACUCUUUUCUACAACGCAUGUUAAAAAGAGGAAAAGAGGCUCCUUUGAUCGCUGAUAAUCAUCUUGAGAAUGUUUGUUUAAGGACUCCAGCAGAAGAUGAGAUGAGUCUAAAGAAUGAGUCUUUGGAGGGUUUUGAAGGAAAUGAAGAUCUGCAGAAAGAAUUAUCUCAAUUCUUUAAGCAAAAGGAGACUAGAAAUACUUGGGCAUCUUCUCAGGUGCAUACCAGAUAUCCAGAGAUAAAGUAUAUUGGGACUGUUGCCGUCCCUGAUAGUAAAAAACAAGUUGCAGAACCAUAUAUUCUCUACAGAGGACUUGAUAUCUCUGAUUGUCCUCUUCCGACAGUCAAAUCCAACUUGGAUGAGACAUCAGAACAACUCUAUUUUCAAGAGGAAAGAAACCAAAAGGCAGCUUCUACUUUUGAUGAGAAAAAUGUUGAUGCUACUGAAAAUGUAGCCUUUGAGGCAAUUAUUGCCUCAAUUGAGUCUUCCAAUCAAGAGAGUCUUAUAAGUGAGACUCAAACGGAUAACACUGAACUGUUAGCAGAUGACAGCGAAGAGAAAGAACCCCUAAAACCAGAUCUUUCCCCAUUAAAUUGUAAGAAUGAAAUCUCUUUCAUCGAUAAGCUUAAGUACCUGAAAUACCAGUCUACUCCUGGGGUGUUUGAACCAGCAGAUUCAAAAUCAUUGUUGUAUAAAGAAGAUGAUGCUAGUUCCCUAUAUCUGUAUCCAGAUUUAAAAUCCUCCAUUAAUGCUCCUCAGAACAUGCUCAAUAAGCCGGUUUCUGUCACUCUAGAGCUUAAGUCAUCUUUAAGUGAAAAAGCUUGCAAUCAGGCUGUUGGUCUUGAAACACAGUCACCUUCAUUUCAAUAUGGUAUAAGCAAUCUUGACCUUACAGAGAAGGUAGGAUCUUCAAGCAUUAGUUUUGCAAUGAAAAUAGCAACUUCAGAAUCUUGGGUUUUAGAAGAUUUAAAGCAGCAGACCUUUGAAGAAGUUGCAGAUUCCUCAGACUAUAAAUUGGAGGGCCUGCAGGGGAAGGCUGAAUCUGGUGUCCUUACUAGGUGUGGUGAUGCUAAGUACUCCAGCCUUUAUGAAAACCUUGGUGCACAGAGUGAAAGAAUUGCUGUAUUGCAGAGAGAGGUAGGUUGUUCUAAUCUGGGCAUUAGCCAGGCUUCUCCAUCUUCAUUGCCUUCAUUUGUUCCUCAAGAACCAACCAGUGAGCCGGAAUACCAUUCCUCCAAUCUCAGAAUGUUGAGGGUAUCUCCCGACACUCUGCUAACAACGCAUACACAUUCAGCAGGAUCUGCUGACCAGAAGAUUGGAGCAGCAGUAGUCUCUUCUGCUUACUCACAGGAAAUAAAGCCUGGGAGUUUUCACCAAGAAGAGUUGCCAGAUAGGCAUCUUAAUGAAGAGAUUCGGAAAGUGUCACCUGCUCUUAGGACAGCUGGCCAGAAGCCAGAGAUGCUACCAGUACAAUCUAGUUCUUACUCUAAAGGAAUGAAAUCUAUUUUCUAUCAACAUCCUGUGUCACAUGGCCAUCAAGGCAAAGAGCCUCUAAGUGUUUCAGCUGUUUGUGGAUCAGCUGGUAAUAAAGCUUUCCACCAGCUUUCCACAUUAUCAGACAGUCUACUAACUGAAGAAACAUGGCCAGUUUCUGUUAUUCCUGGCCUAGGUAACCAGAAGACUCCUUUACCAUCAGAAUUCUCUCUUUCAUAUUCUCAUAGAGGAAAGAACCUGCCCGAAGAUGUUGUGAAAGUUUCCACUGAUUCUGGAUCUGCUCACAAGAAGGCUGACAUUCUAACAGCGUCCUCUAGAACCUACCAGCACAAAAUGAAACCUGCUAAUAUUUACCACCAAGAGUUGCCAGACAGUCGUGUACCUAUAGGGACUAGAAAGGUUGCAUUUGAAUCUGGACCAGCUGGCCAGAAGUCUGGGGUUUCUCACCCAUAUGGUGAGAUGCCCAGUGUUUUCUAUCAGCAGGGGUUGCCAGAUAGGCAUUCAGCAAAAAGCCCUACAAAAACCUUUAUCCCAGGACCAGCUGACCAGAAGACUGAUCUAUCACCAGUACCCCCUACUUCCUCUUCGCAUGCAGAGAAGCCUGUUUCCCCCUACCAGUUAACCUUGCCAGGUAGUCAUCUACCUGAAGAUGUUUUCAAAGCUUCUUCUGUUUGUAAGUCAUCUGAUGAGCUAUCUGGAAUAACAGCUCUAACCUCUGCUUCCUACUCAUAUAAAGGGAGACCCAAUAGUUCUUAUCAGCAGAAGUUUCCAGACAGCCACCUAAAUGAAGAGGCCCAGAAAAUCUUGGGUACAACUGGAACAGUAGACCAGAAGACAGUGACACCAACAAUGUCUUCUUCCUUUUUACAAAAAGAAAAGCCUAGUAUUUUCUACCAACAAACCCUGCCAGAUGGUGGUCUGUCUGAAGAGGAUCUGCAGGUUUCAGCUGUUCCUUGGCCAGCUGACCAGAACAUUGCUAUACCAACAGUAACUUCUGCUGCUUUCUCACAAAGAGAAAAGCCUCGGAUUUUCUACCAACAGACUCUGUCAGUUGAUCGUUUGCCUGGAGAGCCUCUGAAUGUUUUAGGGACUUCUGGACCACCUGACCAGAACACUGGGGCACCAACAGUAACUCCUAGUUCCUACUUCCCUGGAGAAGAGUCCAUUAUUUUUUACCAAGCUGGCUUUCCAGGUAACACUCUGUCUGCAAUGUCUUUUAAAGUUCCAAGGAUUUCUGGAUCAACUGAACAGACUAACGUAACAACAGGAUCAUCAAGUUCCUACUCAGUUGGAGAGAAGUCCAUUAUUUUCUACCAUCAGGCCUUGCCAGAUGGUCGUCUUCCUCAAGAAGCUUCUCCUGCACCAGCUGACCUAAACACUGGGGAGCCACCAAUGUAUUUGGCUUCCUGUUCUGUUGGAGUAAAGCCCAUUAUUUUCUACCAGCAGCCUAUGUCAGAUAGUCAGCGAACUAAAGGUCACAAAGAAUCAGAUGUUCCUGGACCAACUGACCAGAAGACUGGCAUAGCAACAGUGCAUUCUACUUCCCAAUCAUAUAUAGGGAGGCGCACUGUUUCUUACCAGAAAGAGUUUCCAGAUCUUAGUGAAAAGGCUUUGAAAGUUCUAGGUGAUGUUGGAUCCACUGAACAGAAAACUCAAAUACCAGUAGUGUCUUCUGCUCUCUUACACAAAGAGGGGCCUAGUGCUUACCAGGAGGAUUUGCCAGAUCUUACUGAAGAACCUUUGCAAAUUUUAGGUGUUUCUGAAGAAGUUUCUUCUAGCUCUUAUCAGAGGAAGUUACCAGAUCAUAUUGAAGUAUUUUUGAAAUCAGUAGGCUCUGGCUCUGCUGAUCGGAAGACUGGGGCACAAAUAGUCUCCUCAAGUAGAGAGAAGUCCAGUGGUUUUCAUCAGCAGGAGUUGCCAAAUACUGGUGGGGAUGCAGUAGAUGCUUUUCAUCCCGAACCAGUUGUCCAGGAGGUCAGGAAGGUACAGACGCCUGGGGCACCAGCAGGACCUUCUAGUUCCCACUUCCAUAAAGAAAAACUCAGUGAUUAUCAAAAGGCCUCGCCACAUCGUGAUCUAACUGAAAGUUCUUUGAAGGCUUCAACUGUUCCAGGACUAUCUGAUCAGAAAAAGAAACCUGCAGUCUCAUCUGGUUUCUGCUUACACAAAGAGAAACACGAGAUUUCAGCUUCAGCUUUGCUGAAUUGCCAGACAGCCGAGUUGCUAACAGUUACUCAGAGGUCCUGUUUACAUAGAGAGGAUCCUGCAAUUUCAACUGUGAUCAAACCAGAUGACCAAAAGAUUCCAUUACCAACAACUUUUCAUGGCUCCAGUGAUCAAAAAGUAAAACCUGUUAUUUUUGUUCAAAAACAGUUACGAGAUAGAGAUCAAAGUGAAGAUAUUCCGAAGAUUUCAACUGUCUCUGAGCCAACUGUUGUAAAUACAGUUCUACCAGUACUUCUGCCUGGUUCUUACUCACACAGAGAGAAGUCAGAUUCAUUUUACCCACAGGAACUGCCAGAUGGACAUCUAACUGAAGUUGAUCUGAAGGUUUCAAGCGGUCUUGGUCAAGCUGACCAGAUUUCUGGGUUACCUACAGGUAUUCCUGGUACUUAUUCACACAGUGAAAAGCACCAGCUUAUCUCAGAACAUGUCCAAGAGCUGAUGGAUAACUUGAAUUCUUCCGAGUCGUCUUGUCUCAGUGUGGAUAGUAUGCCUCUAAAUUCACAAAUCGAUGAUGGAGUUAUCAUAUGUAAGCCAGAAUCUUUAGGUUUUGCCAAUGCUGGCUGUGAGGAAAUGCAGAAUAUAGAUCGUGGUUCGAAAACUCUUAAGGAAAUUCAGACUCUCUUGAUGGAAGCAGAAAAUAUGGCACUGAAACGAUGCAAUUUCUCUGUUCCCUUAGUCCCUUUCAGAGAUGUUAACGAUGUUUCAUUUAUACGAUCAAAGAAGGUGGUUUGCUUCAAAGAAUCCUCCACAACUGAUGUUUGUACCCAGAGGGAAUCAUUUGUAGAAGAAGUUCCACACAUUGAAUAUGUACAGAAGGACAUUGGCACACAGACGAACCUUAAGUACCAGAGGGGUGUUGGAAAUUGGGAAUUUAUCAGUUCAGCUACCUUUAGAAGUCCUCUACAGGAAGCAGAAGGCACAGCUAGAAUGGCAUAUGAUGAAACUUUUAGGCAAUAUAAAGCUGCCAGGUCUGUAAUGAGGUCUGAACCUGAAGGCUGCAGUACAGGCAUUGGGAAUAAAAUGAUUAUCCCUAUGAUGACAAUCAUAAAGAGUGACUCGAGUAGUGAUGUAAGUGAUGGUUGCUGCUCAUGGGACAACAAUUUACCAGAGUCUUUGGAAUCUGUUUCUGAUGUUUUUCUAAACUUCUUUCCAUAUACUUCACCCAAGACAAGUAUAACAGAUAGCCGAGAAGAGGAGUGGUUGUCAGAGAGCGAGGAUGGCUAUGGUAGUACAGAUUCAUUGGCUGCACAUGUGAAGUACCUUCUGCAGUGUGAAACUUCACUGAAUCAAGCCAAACAGAUACUUAAAAAUGCAGAGGAAGAGGAAUAUCGGGUCCGAACCCAAGCCUGGAAUCUAAAGUUUAAUUUAGGACGUGACCGUGGAUACUCCAUUUCAGAAUUAAAUGAAGAUGACAGAAGGAAAGUAGAAGAGAUAAAAGCAAAGUUGUUUGGUCAUGGAAGAGCAACUCACAUGUCUGAGGGCUUACGAAGUCCACAAGGCAUAGGAUGUUUGCCAGAAGCUGUAUGUAGUCGAAUUAUUAUUGAGAGCCAUGAGAAAGGAUGUUUCAGGACUCUUACUGCUGAACAACCACGGCCAGACAGCUGCCAUUGUGCUUUUCGAUCUGUUGAACCUUCAGACUUGAUUAGAGGACAUCGGAGCCCAUCAUCAUGGAGAGGCAGGCACAUCAACCUUUCCAGAUCAAUAGAACAGAGCAAUCCCUGUUUCAAAGUAGGGAGUUCCUUUCAGUUACAGAGUCAUCCCCCAUUUCAAAAACUUUUACCUGAUGACAUCAAAAUUAGCAAGGGUGUUGGAAUGCCAGUCCAUGCAUACAUGGAUCCCCAGCCAUCAGAAUUAGUAGAACCUACUUGUGUGCCAGCUAAAGAAAUGGAUUUUCCUUCCUCAUCUCAAAUACUGCCCCCUGAGCCCAAGAAGCAGUUCACUACUGCCAUCACUUUUUCUUCUCACGAACACUCUGAGUGCAUUUCUGAUUCCUCUGGUUGUAAGGUUGGUGUUACUGCAGAUAGCCAGUGUAGUGGACCAUCUUUAGGGGUAUUUAAGCCUCAUAUCCCCGAAGAGCAGAUUUCUCCUAGAGAUCUUAAACAGAAAACCUCUUUCCAGUCAUCACUUGAAAGGCAUGGUUCUACACCGGUGACUAUUUUAGCUGAUGGUAGUAGGCAAAGGCAAAAAUUACCUGUUGAUUUUGAGCAUUCUCAUCAAAAAGAAAAACUCUUACAAAGAUUAGGUUUUAAAGUCAGCCAUUCUGAACCCAAUGUCAGUACAAAUGUUAGCAAUUUCAAGGGAGUUCAAUUUUCUGGUAAGGAUACCAUUGUUAGCCAGGACAAACUAACUUCUACAGUAGAGGUAAAAGAGAAGAAUGUAACUGUAACUCCUGAUCUUCCUUCUUGCAUUUUUCUUGAACAACCAGAGCUCUUUGAGGAAAGCCACACCCCACAUACAGAUCUUCAGAUGAGAAAAUACCCUUCUCCCUCUUGUCCAGAAAUUGCUUCUCGCAUUUUUCUUGAGCAGCCAAAACUCUCUGAACAAAGCAAAGCCCCACAUGUAGAUCGUGAAAUAAGAGAAGAUCACUCUUUCUUUCCUAAGUGCCAGGAUUAUAUAGUUGCAGACCCUUCUCCCGAUUUUCCUGAUCAGCAACAAUGCAAACCUCCAGACGUAGUUGGCCACACGAGAAAACAGAACUCUCUUCUUUCUGAAGGUCAGGAUUAUGAGUUAGAAGAGGUUCAGCAUAUACCUCAGUCAUACUUUUCUAAUAUGGUAAAUGUUGAAGCCAAGGUCAGUGAUGCGAUCUCCCAGUCAGCCCCUGACCACUGUACAGCUGCAUCUACUCCACCUUCAAAUAGAAAAGCACUUUCAUGUGUUCGUAUAACUCUUUGUCCCAAGACUUCUUCCAAGUUGGAUAGUGGAACCUUAGGUGAAAGGUUUCAUUCAUUGGAUCCUGCUUCUAAAACAAGGAUUAAUAGUGAGUUUAACUCUGAUCUGCGAAUUAUAUCUUCAAGGUCAUUGGAACCAACCUCCAAAUUACUGACCUGUAAACCAGUAGCACAGGAUCAAGAAUCUUUAGUUUUUCUAGGACCUAAAUCUCCACUGGACUUGCAAGUCGCACAGUCUUCUCUUCCAGAUAGUAAGACUAUUUUUCAGGACUUGAAAACCAAACCUCCUCAGAAUAGCCAGAUAGUAACCUCAAGGCAAACACAAGUGAACAUUUCACAUUUGGAAGGAUAUUCCAAACCAGAGGGGACUCCAGUAUCUGCGGAUGGUUCACAAGAACAGAGUAAGGUUUCCUUUACUACGUCCUUUGGAAAGUUAUCAUCUGAUGCCAUCACUCAGAUAACAACAGAAAGUCCAGAAAAGACCACAUUUUCAUCUGAAAUUUUUAUUCAUGCGGAUGAUCGUGGACAGGGCAUUCUAGACCCCAUGGCCCAAAAGCCAUCCAGGUUUGCCUCAUCAUCCUCAGUGCAGCAAAUCCCAGCUUCUCAUGGCAAAGACGCCCAGCCUGUGCUGUUACCAUAUAAGCCAUCUGGUAGUUCGAAGAUGUAUUAUGUUCCACUGUUAAAAAGAGUUCCUUCAUAUCUGGAUUCCAAAUCUGAUACCACUGUUGAGAGCUCACAUUCAGGCUCAAAUGAUGCUAUUGCCCCAGACUUUCCACCUCAAAUGCUAGGCACAAGAGACGAUGACCUCUCCAACACUGUAAACAUUAAGCACAAAGAAGGGAUUUAUAGCAAGAGGGCUGCAACAAAGGGGAAAAACCCCUCUCAGAAAGGUGAUGCAGCGGCCCCAGUUCAAAUGCCUAUAACUUGGGAUGAGAAUGUCUUGGACGAAAACCAAGAAGAGGUCAUCAGUAGAGGAGUUGUGAUCAAGAUGGCAGGACCUGAAGAAAUGUCAUCCCUGGAGAAGGACCUUGCAGGUCCCAGUGAUAUCACUGUACAAGACAGAAAAACUGAAAAUCUGCCAGACACUAAAUCCAUUAAACAGAAGGAAGGAUCCUUAGAGAUAGAAUCUGAAUGUCAUUCUGCAUUUGAAAACACUGCUCACUCUGUCUUCAGAUCAGCCAAGUUUUAUUUCCAUCAUCCAGUGCACCUGCCCCAUGAGCAAGACUUCUGCCAUGAAUCUUUGGGAAGGAGUGUUUUCAUGCAACAUUCUUGGAAGGAUUUCUUUCACCAUCAUUCAGGACACAGCUGCCUUCCUCCCCCUGGCCCAAGUUCGGACAAGUUGGACAAGACCAAGAUGGAUUACACCAGAAUUAAGAGCCUCAGCAUCAACUUGAAUUUGGGAGAGCAUGAGAAAAUACAUACUAUCAAGAAUCAGGCCAGAGACCCAAAAGGCAAAAGACAAGCAAAUGAGCAAAAGAAGGAUCAGAAGGUCACCCCAGAGCUAACAACUGAGUGCCCCGUGAGUUUGAAUGAACUCUGGAACAGAUACCAGGAGCGACAGAAGCAGCAGAAUCCAUCUGGUGCUUGUGAUACGAAAGAGCUCUCCUUGGUGGAACGACUUGAUCGCUUGGCUAAACUGCUUCAGAAUCCCAUCACACAUUCACUCCGGGCCUCAGAAAGUGCACAGGAUGAUAGCAGAGGGGGACAUAGAGCCAGGGAGUGGACUGGGAGGAGGCAACAAAAACAGAAAGGCAAGCAACACAGGAAGUGGAGUAAGAGCCUAGAGAGGGGCCAGAGUACAGGGGACUUUAGGAAAAGCAAAGUGUUUUCUCCUCAUCAAGGUGGGAAAUCCAGUCAGUUCAAGAUUGAGCAGAUUAAACUAGAUAAGUACAUCCUGAGGAAAGAGCCAGGUUUUAAUAAUGUCAGCAAUACCUCCUUGGAUUCUAGACCCUCAGAGGAAAGCGUGUCUCUCACAGAUAGUCCCAACAUUUUUUCUAGCACGGAUUCUCCUGUGGACUCAGAUGUAUUGACCCCAACUGAUAGGGACAUGCCUUUAAAUGAGAGGAGCAGCUCCAUAUCCACCAUUGACACAGUCCGGUUGAUCCAGGCUUUUGGCCAAGAUAGACUGUCUUUGUCGCCCAGGCGAAUUAAAUUAUACAGUACUGUCACUAGUCAACGGAGGAGAUAUCUGGAGCAGCCAUGCAAGCACAACAGGAAGGCAUUGAACACAGCCUGUCCCCAAAUGACUUCUGAGCACAGCAGAAGGAGGCACAUCCAGGUGGCAAACCAUAUGACUUCUUCUGACUCUGUUUCAUCUCCUGGGAGCUUGUUGAGCUUGGACUCUGCUCUUUCCAAUGAGGAAACUGUACGCAUGGUGAGCAAGGGUGUACAAGCUGGUAACUUGGAGAUUGUGGCUGGUGUCAAAAAAUACACUCAGGAUGUUGGGGUGACUUUCCCAACUCCCAGUUCUAGUGAGGCCAGAUUGGAAGAGGACAGUGAUGUGACUUCUUCGUCAGAAGAAAAAGCCAAAGAGAAAAAGUUUCUUUCCAAUUAUCUGCAGACCAAAAACUUAAGGAAGAACAAGCCAAAUCCCUGUGCAGGAGUCUCAUGGUUUGUUCCUGUGGAAAGUGGACAAUCAGGAUCUAAGAAGGAAAACCUGCCCAAGAUUUACAGACCUGUUAUCUCCUGGUUUGAACCAGUAACCAAAACCAAACCCUGGAGGGAGCCACUGAGGGAACAAAACUGGCAGGCCCAAUGCAUGAACAGUCGUGGGUCCCUGGGAGGCCCAGGCAGGGAUAGUGGCCAGGUUUCUCUUCGGCCAUUUGUGAGAGCAACUCUGCAGGAAUCACUUCAGCUUCACAGACCUGAUUUCAUCUCCCACUCUGGGGAGCGCAUAAAGCGUCUGAAGUUACUUGUCCAGGAGAGGAAGCUCCAGAGCCUGUUCCAGAGUGAGCGGGAGGCUCUGUUCCACUCAGCGAGGCCCCUGCCCAGGAGAGUCCUCCUGGCUGUCCAGAAGAACAAGCCUAUUGGAAAGAAGGAAAUGAUUCAGAGGACCAGACGAAUUUAUGAGCAGCUUCCAGAAGUGAAGAAGAAGAGAGAAGAGGAGAAGAGAAAAUCAGAAUAUAAAUCCUACUGGCUACGUGCUCAACACUAUAAAAUGAAAGUGACCAAUCAUCUCCUGGGGAGAAAAGUGCCUUGGGACUGACAUAAGACUACUUUCUUCAGAGCCUAGGAAUCCUUUUUUUUUUUUUUUUUAUGAUCCCAAAGAGACUAAUUUAUAUUUGUGUGAAUAUGAUUUAAUAAAGCAUUGUCUUUGUCUAUG